CUCAUGGCGGUGCUCUGAUGCUUCAGCCUUUGAUUUUUUCCUUUUUUGACCUUUUUAAUCUCUAAUUAUAAUAAUCAGUACAAAAUCACUGUUGUUUACCAUUAAUUUAAGGAAUUAAUCCUAAUCUGAUUUUAAGGAAUUAAUCUCUAUUUGCCAAAGAAGAGGCGCAAAGGCUCCGUCUUUUUUCUUCUUCUUGUUUCUGUGUUACCGAUCUGGCUCUGUCUUCUUCUUCUUCUUCUUCUUCUUCUUCUUCUUCUUCUUCUUCUUCGUUUACGUCUCUGUGAAAUGCUCAAGCUGAUUAGGGUUUAUCAACUUUUUCUCAACUUUCUUGUUAUCUCCUUCGUUAUCCUCUCUGUCUUCUCAGAUUGUUGUCGACAGCUAAAUUCUUUGAUGUAUUUGGAUCAAAGUAUCCGUUUUUAUUUGAUUUGUUCCGUCUUCUUCGUGAUCGUGUUUGUGUCUGUCUCUCUCCUAGAUUUGGGUUUUGGGGAUUUGGGUAUGCGUUGUUGUGAUCAGAAGGGACCUUUAUCGUUUAGUGAUCUCUUUGAUACAGAGAGACACUAAAAAUGGUGAAAAAAUGACAAAACUUCUUAUUGGAUGAGGGAAGAAACGUUCUAACGUGUUCCAUCUUCUAUCAUUUUCUUCUUAGAUAUUUUAAGAUUGACUGUUUUCUGAACAUUUCAUGCUUUAGGAAGUGUUAAGUUGAAACCUUUUUCUCUUAGCUCUCCAAUUGCUAAGUGUUUUUUCUGUUGUCUUUCUUAAUUAUCUUUUGGGAUUCUCAUGGGAUUUGAUUGAGGUAGAGGGAAGAAGAGAGAGAGACAAAAAGAGCUUUAGGCUAUUGUCUAGACUUGCUUAAUUUGGAAUAUAUGUGUGCUGAGUCUAGUAUUUUCCUCUGUGAAAUCCAGCUGAUAUAAUCAUGAUAGUAACAUUCAGUUUCUUUUGUCCUUUCAUUGAUUGCAGCUUAGCAGCUAUUGUGCAUUUGAAGCUGUACUCGGAAGAAAAGCCCAUAGAAGAGUCAAAUAUAACAAAAAAUGGCUGCGGAGCUUGUAAGUUCUGCAACAAGUGAGAAGCUUGCAGAUGUGGACUGGGCCAAAAACAUUGAGAUCUGUGAAUUAGCUGCUCGAGAUGAAAGGCAAGCAAAAGAUGUUAUCAAGGCUAUCAAAAAACGCUUGGGAAGCAAGAACCCAAAUACUCAAUUAUAUGCUGUCCAGUUGCUAGAGAUGUUGAUGAAUAAUAUUGGAGAGAAUAUUCAUAAGCAAGUUAUAGAUACAGGUGUACUCCCUACGCUUGUGAAGAUAGUAAAGAAAAAAUCGGAUUUGCCUGUAAGAGAGAGGAUUUUUCUUCUUCUUGAUGCAACUCAAACCUCCCUUGGUGGCGCUUCAGGGAAAUUCCCUCAGUAUUAUACAGCAUACUAUGAAUUAGUGAACGCAGGAGUUAAAUUUACUCAGAGGCCUAAUGCUACACCAGUCGUGGUCACUGCUCAGGCUGUUCCGAGAAAUACCCUUAAUGAACAACUUGCAUCUGCCAGAAAUGAGGGGCCUGCUACUACUCAGCAGCGAGAAUCUCAAUCUGUCUCUCCUUCGAGUAUUUUACAAAAGGCUAGUACUGCAUUAGAAAUUUUGAAGGAAGUGCUUGACGCAGUCGAUUCUCAAAAUCCUGAGGGGGCAAAAGAUGAGUUUACUCUUGAUCUUGUCGAGCAAUGUUCGUUUCAGAAAGAGCGCGUAAUGCACCUCGUCAUGACAUCGAGGGAUGAAAAAGCAGUUUCUAAAGCAAUCGAAUUGAAUGAGCAACUUCAGAGAAUUCUCAAUAGACACGAAGAUUUGCUGUCUGGUAGAAUCACUGUUCCUAGCAGGUCUACCACAUCAAAUGGAUAUCAUUCCAAUCUCGAACCUGUCCGUCCUAUCUCAAAUGGUGACCAGAAACGCGAGCUAAAGGCUUCUAAUGCAAACACCGAAUCAAGCAGCUUCAUUUCUAACCGAGCCCAUCUUAAGCUUGAGGAAGAAGAUGAGGAAGAGGAGCCUGAGCAGUUAUUCAGAAGAUUGCGAAAAGGGAAAGCUAGAGCAAGGCCUGAGGAUGAAGAAGAGCCAUCACCUCCACAAGGAUUGCCUGGAUCAGCAAUACAUAACGAAAGACUUAACCGUCCACUUAUCCGUCCUUUACCAUCAGAGGAGGCAUCACGCGGUGGUGAUAGCCAUUCGCAAUCCCCACCUGUUGUGAUUCCACCACCACCUGCGAAGCACGUUGAGAGGGAAAAAUUCUUCAAGGAGAAUAAAGGUGACGGUGCCUUGGGUUUACCAGGUCAUAUGCGAGGCCUUUCUUUGCAUAGCCGUGAUGGCAGCAGCUCACGCAGUGGAAGCGUAGACUUCAGUGACUGAAACAACCAAAGCUCUCAUCAUCAUAUAUAUGUAUUCUUUCACGCUUGUUUCUUUAGGUUUUGUUAAUUUACAGAUGGGAAAAAGUUUGUGUUGUGUGUUGCUGUUAUUUCUCUCUCUCUCUCUCUCUUUCUCUCUCCUUCUACGUCUCUAGUGUUGUGAAUUUAGAAUGUAGCACGAUGAGAUCUGAUUAUGUAUACGAGUAAAAGGUACUUCCUUUCACUAUGUUCAAACCUGAGCUAUGUUAUUUACAGAGGUUGUUGUUACUGUUCCUGUUUGUGUAUUGAAGCCGAAUGUUCAAAUGCUAUGAUAACUAAUUGGUCAAUUGCGUAGAUAAAGUUUUGAAACUUCGAAUUCACAUAAACGUAAAGAUACAAGGAGAUUGAAUAUUACACAACAGAGUGAGAGUUUCUUAAGCUUUGGGAGGCUCUUGACAAGAAUGGGCCUCUUUAACAUGCUUCUCGUAUUCAUCUUCUUCCUCUUCCUCUUCUUCCUCC